CAGACAGUCAUCGUCAUGUCUGAGCAGACAUGCUUAUCGAUCGAGAUCACUCGGCUCAGCAUUCCUAAAUUUGUCAAGAAUGCCAGCGAGGAGGCCGUCCUCUUGGACUGCGAAUUUACUUACAACGUGAAUGAAGAAGAAAAGCUAGUCGUGAGGUGGUUCCAUGAAGAUGAUCCACAACCAGUAUAUCAAUGGAUUCCGGAAAUAAACAGCAGGUCUCCUUCUGGUAAAUUCCUCAUCGAUACAACGUACGUAGUCCCAGGCGGAGGCAAGUACACGAAAUACAGGGCUGUGAAAUUCUUGUGGCCUACCACGGGACAUAGCGGAAAAUACUUGUGCCACAUCUCAUCCAUGACAGGUGAAGAUUCCGAAAUAGGCCACAUGACUGUUUACGGUAAUGCUAAUUUAUUUCCAAUUUCACUGAAGAAUAAUUCCCAAAAAGAUGACAUGUUCAAAAGUGAUUUAUUCACUUCAGCAACAAAAAUAUAUUUGGCAACUACAGAAAAUCUCGCGGCUGAAAAUACUAUUUUCUACAUGGAUAUUGUCAUCUUCUAUAUCAAAAUUGAUAUGAUAACCUUAAAAGUUGAAGGGUUUCAGAAACGCUUAUAA